AUGGACGCAGCCUCAGAGAAGUAUCUGGCUCAAACGCACGUCAGAUGGGCGUUACAUAUUCCGGAUUACGUGCAGAAUUGGGUAGCGUGCAGUCCAUUGGUCGAGGCUGGUUACACCCAACUCUACAACGAUUCGUUGCCGGUGCUGCAGAAGAUAGUCGACAGUGGAUAUAAAUUCAGAAUUUUGAUUUAUAAUGGCGAUGCGGAUGCGGGAUGCAAUAUCUUCGAAGCCGAGUACACAUUCGAUGAGCUGGCGAAAAAGAACAAUAUGCAACGAGGUCAACGAUCGCCGUGGUACUAUCGAAUGGAGAAAAAUUACGCGAGCGAAUUGGCUGGUUAUCAGCAGCGUUUUAUACACAAUAAAGGGCAGUUAGUCAUCGAUGUGCUGACGGUUAAGGUGAGUGGAUUUUGGAAUUUUUUGGGAAUAUUUUUGGAAAUUUUUAAAAAAUUUCGGAUUUUUCGGGAAUAUUUUAGUGAAAUUGGAGGAAUAUUUUUUGAAAUUUUUAAAAUUUUCCAACUUUUUGGAAUAUUUAGAGCAAAAAUUUGGGAAGACGUUCAUCUUUGGAGGCACAAAACGGCUGAAAAUAUUAAAUUUUAUCUGUUGGAGUGGAAAAAUUUGUGGAAUUUCAUAAAUUUUUUGAAAAUUUGA